GUACACUUAUGUACCUUUAGGUUUGAGAACACCAUUGCUGGUCAGUUCUUUGGGCAUUGUCAUGAGGACAGGUUUCAUCUUAUGGUGGACUUUGAACCCAACACUCCUCCUAGACCAUAUGGUAUAUUAUACCUAGGUCCUAGUGUAACCACUUAUUCCUAUCAGAAUGCAGGAUAUAGGAUUUAUACUGUUGAUGGUAAUUACAAUGAGUCCUCUAGACAAGUACUGGAUCAUGAUACAUACAUACUAAACAUUACUGAUGCUAAUCUUACUAAUAAACCAAAAUGGAUCCAUGAAUACUCAGCUAAAGAUGCAUACAAUAUGACUAAUCUCACACCUGAUGGCUGGUUAUCUUUGCUGAAGGAAUUUUUAACUAAUAACGAUCUCUUUUUGAAAUAUUAUCAGUAAGUGUGCCAUUACAUA